AUGGCACCUCAAAAGCCCCAGUCCGACGUUCACGUCGAGGAUCUUCCUCGGAGACUCACUCUUUACAACUACAAAUGCGUCGCUUUUGCGGCUGUGGGUUCCAUCAUCUAUGGCUACUGUCUGUCUGCCGUGGCGACAACAUUGGGUCAACCUAGCUUCUACAAGUACAUGAACCUCCAAACGGACGCAUCAGUCGACAAAGCCGCCUACGACUACAUGGUCGUGAUUCAAGGGCUGAGCACCUCACUUUCGCAGGCAGGAGGAUUCUUCGGAUGUCUCUUCAACUCAUGGACAGCCGACAGGUUCGGCCGUCUCAGAUCCUUCCAGCUCGCCAGUCUCAUCGUUAUUAUCGGUGGCGCUCUCACAGCUGGAGCCGUCAACAUUCCCAUGUUCUUGGUCUUCCGGUUCUUUGGAGGUUUCGGUGUCGGCAUGAUCUUGGUUCUUUUCCCGAUGUACGCGGCAGAGCUGUCACCACCCCGAGCGCGAGGAUUCCUUGUCGGCCAACACGGUCCCGGUCUUGCUAUCGGUUACAACGCCGCGGCAGCUGUCAGUUACGGAUGCUAUUUUGCAAAGAAUGGCAACUUCGCAUGGCGCUUUCCGCUCGCUCUGCAAUGUCUCUUCCCGGCGCUUCUCUUGACCUUCUCCUUCUGGAUGCCCGAAUCUCCGAGGUGGCUGAUUCUAAAGGAUCACCUCGACGAGGCGAAAAGGGUGGUUACACGCAUCCACCGCUCUCCUGAUGAUGAGAACGACGACUUUGCACGAGCCGAGUUCGAUCUCAUGGUCGCUCAGAUUCAACUCGAACGCGAAAAGAGUGGUGGUGCCGUGGCGUCAUUCAUCGGCCGGUGGAAAUACCUCCUCAGCAAGAAAUCCUACCUCCACCGAUGCGCCCUCGGCUUUGGUAUCAUGUUCGGUAUCCAGGGAACCGGCGUGUUGGUCAUCAACAAUUACCAAAUCAUCCUCUAUCCUGGCCUCGGAGUAGGCGCGUCACUUUCCCUGGGUCUUUACUGGGUAUACCUGGCCAUCGCUUUGGUCGGGAACACCACUUCCUCUUUGAUCAUCGAUAAACUGGGACGACGACGCUCCUUUUUGAUCGGUCUCAUUGGAUCCUUGAGCGCCCUGAUCGGUGAGACCGUCGCCUCGUCGUUCCUACCAUCCACGAACAAGGCAGUAUUGGUGACCGGGGUGUUUUUCAUCUUCUGGUACAUCCCCUGGUUUUCGUCGAUGGUCGACGCCGUCAUGUACAUCUACAUGUCUGAAAUCUGGCCAUCCGAGGUGCGAUCGGAAGGCAUUGCUCUCUCGGUAUCUGGUCAAUGGCUUGCCUCGAUCGCUUACCUGCAGGCCUCGCCGACCGGCUUUGCCAAUUGCGGCUGGAAGUUCUAUCUUCUUUUCGUCUUCUGCACGGCUGCCAUGUGGGUGAUUGUGUACUUCUUCUACCCUGAGACUGCAAAUAUCCCAAUGGAGGAGAUGGGCCGCUUGUUCGGUGACGAGGUUGCUGGUUCCUUGGAGGAGGAGCUCAAACAUCACGGACACGCUGAACAUGACAUCCCUCAUGAGAAGCAUGUCCAAUCGACACAACUUGAGAGUCCGAAGUAA